AUGUUCGAUCUUAACUGUGGAAUCCGACUGCGUCCUUUUCGGGCACAACCAGCGGAGGAUCUUGAAAACAUCCUCAGUCUGUACAACAAUGCUCAAGUUGCGCCUCUCAUAACACUUCGUUUCUUGGCACCACGCGGAGAAAGGGUCAAAAAAGAGUUUCUAGAAAUUAUAGACAACGAUGCAGAAAUGUUUUGCAUCAUCGAGACCAUUCCAAGCGCGAACCAAUCUGUUGGUGGAACCGACUCGGACACAGAAAAGCCCCAGUUUGUAGGAAUUACUGGACUCUGGGGUUUCAUGGAACGUGGACAUAGACACACAAAAUACUCCAUCGUCUUACUGCCUCAAUUUUGGAAUAGAGGGUACGGCCAGCAAAUCACACGGUUUAUGGUCGACCACGCAUUUAUCCACAUGAACAUGCACCGCAUAUCGUUGGAUGUAUGGGGAGGAAACGACCGAGCAAUUGCAGUAUACAAGAAACAGGGAUUCAUUGAGGAGGGGCGUCAGCGCAAAGCAAUCUGGAGCAACGGCGGGUGGAUAGACAAUAUCCAGAUGGGGAUGCUUGUAGAUGAUUGGAAAGAGCUGGUAGCGGGAACUAAGACGUAG